AACAAUCAAAAAAAGAAGGAGAUAACAAAAAAAAAAAAAUGGGUAGAGUAAAAAUACAGAUGAAGAAAAUAGAAGAUAGACAACAAAGAAACAUAUCAUUUGCUAAAAGAAAAAAUGGGCUUCUAAAAAAAGCUUAUGAACUCUCACUUCUAUGUGAUGUCGCCGUUGGUCUCAUAUUUUUCUCUCCUUCGGGUAAACUCUUCAUCUUUGAUGCCAAGCUAAGCAUCGAAGAUAUUAUAGAGAAGUAUAAUUCUCAGCCUACAUAUAAAAACGCAAGGCUCAAAGAUGCUACGGCUAUAGAAGAGCUUAUCGCUAAGAUGCGUAAGGAGUCGAUGCGUAGUGGACCGAACUUGAGAAAAAUUCAUGACGAUGGGGUUCGUAAUCAAAUUCAACAAAAGAAAAUCGAUGAAUGCCGUAUCAAGUUGGCCGAAGUGGAACGGGAAUUGGGACGUUAUUUGAAAAGUCCGAAUCAGUGGGAAUCACUAGCUGAACUUAUAGAUCGAGUGGAACUACUCGAGACGACGCUGGCUAAAGUGCAAUCUCGGAAGAAAGAAUUGGAAUCUAAAUAAACCCGCUGACACUGGCAUGGAG